GCUCUCGCCUGGCUUGAAAGAGGACAGCUCCGUUGCUGAAAUCCAGAGGGAGGCAUCGCCAGCAUCCCUGCAGGUUAUCAGUCGCGGAAUUGAGCUCCACACUUUAAAAAUCUAUUUGUCAUUUAGUGGCACGCGCCAGAACGCACCUAUGCAGAUGGCUGCAACACAGAAGGAGAGCUCAGACCAGAACUUUGAUUAUAUGUUUAAACUGCUGAUCAUUGGCAACAGCAGUGUGGGAAAAACAUCCUUUCUCUUCCGCUACGCCGAUGAUUCCUUCACCUCAGCGUUCGUCAGCACUGUGGGCAUUGACUUCAAGGUGAAAACAGUCUACAAGAAUGACAAGCGCAUCAAAUUACAGAUAUGGGACACGGCCGGUCAGGAGCGCUACAGGACCAUCACCACGGCCUACUACAGGGGCGCCAUGGGCUUCAUCCUGAUGUACGACAUCACCAACGAGGAGUCCUUCAGCUGUGUGCAGGACUGGUCCACCCAGAUCAAGACGUACUCUUGGGACAACGCCCAGGUGAUCUUGGCCGGAAACAAGUGUGACAUGGAGGAGGAGCGAGUGGUUUCGGUGGACAGUGGUCGAAUGCUGGCCGAACAGCUGGGGUUUGAGUUCUUCGAGACCAGUGCCAAGGACAACGUCAACGUGAAACAAACAUUCGAGCGCCUCGUCGACCUCAUCUGCGACAAGAUGUCCGACAGUUUAGAGACUGACCCGGCCGUAACCACGGGAACGCCCAACGCUAGGCUAACCGACAACCCUCCUCCGUUACAGCACCCCAACUGCGGAUGUUAACCAGGAAGACAACAACGACAGGAUUAACAACAAAAAAACAACAACUCCGGGGUCGUGUGAGAAUGCCAAAACGUUGUUCUAUCCCUUAGGUAGAAGCGUAAAAACCUUUAAUGUUACUAUUCUCCUCUUCAUAUUCGACUGUCUCAUGGAUUAAACAUUUUCUAAUGUGCCUAGUACAUUUUCUUCACGUGUAACAAAAGUAGGUCGACACAUGUUGUACUUUCACAAAACUGAAACGUAGACUGAAUAUACAGUAACAUAUCUCUGUGUGUGUAGACUAAUUAAUCUCUGGAACCGUGUGAAAAAAAAUACAGCCUGAAGAUGCUAGCAAAUAGUUCUACAAUAUAAUUGUCAUUGUAGUUACUGUACGGUUCACAAUGAGAUGUUUACUUAUUUAUUUCAGAAACAUAAAUACCUGAUCUUGUAUAUACUAUAUUCACCAGAGAAAUUAUUGUGUGCUGUUCAUGCUCUGUCAAUAACGUUGAUCUGUUUUUGGUUAGGUUGCCAGACCCCUCCUGCCCAGCCUGGGUCUUCCCUCCCCCUAAACCUACUGUGGUACCCUGUGUGUGUGUGUGUGUGUGUGUGUGUGUGUGUGUGUGUGGGUGCCACUGAAAAGCAUUAAACGUGACCUUCAAAAAAAAUCAUGAACUACCUUGCAAAUGUGAUGACUUUCAGCACUAGCUGAAGUCGUGUCUCUAGCGAUAGCUAAAGGAACCUAAAUGUUGUUUACACCAUUUCAUGAGGAUUCCACGAAGGACGACUUGAAAAGGUUUACCUGUGUUGGCCUUUCAUCGGCAGUCCAGAAAACAGUAUCCCACAUCUUGGGUACCCAUGGAACACAGCUGCCACGCGAGAAUGACAUCUACAUUUCAUCUGAGGUUACACGUAUGCAUGGCUUCACACAAAGGAUAGAAAUAAACAAGUUAACUGUUCAGUAGUAGCCCAAGUUUAUACUAUAACGUAAAGUGGUACAGUCACUAACAAAAUCCCUGCUGUCAGAAAACCAAUGACAUCAUCACACGCCAGAGUUUUCGGUCCGUGCCCACAGCGGGAUGCCCUGAAAUGGAUCUGAAGUGGAUCAUGUACUAGAUUCCUUUCUAGAUGCAGCACUGCAGGUGCUAAUGAAGUGGUCAGAAAGGGGCACAGAGCUCAAAAUUCCACUUCCUGUGGAGGACAACAGUUGAAAGAGAAGCAAGGAGAAACCAAGGAGAGGUACCAGACAACCAUUUCAGGGGAAUGAGUCACAGCAUCAAUAUUUAAACAGUCUGACCUGAUUUGACAUAAGGAAUAAAUAUGUCCACUUCGAUUAUUCAUACGGAGCACACUUGCCAUUUCAUCCUCUGCACCUGAGAUGUUCUUUUUCCCCCAACCGCCUUUCUUUGAGAAGCUAUCCAACAUAAUUCACCAUUUAAUGUGCUGGACCUGGUGGUAGUGUUUCGCUGCUGAGUUAGGGUCUCCAUUACUUCAUUAUAAUACUUUAAGUAACCUUGAGGAGACAAGAAGCAUUAUAUGGCAUUCCUUUAAAGUAGCGAUCAAACUGAAAACAAGCCGGUUUUAUGUCUCGUCGGGGUCGGAUGAUUCUGUGAUAAGUGGUACUGUUAGUUAGUUAGUCCCAGCCGGUCGCGUGUGGCAUGGCAUUGUCCUGCAGGAAAUGUUGCCAUCAGUGUUGUGCCUGUGAGAAUGGGCAUUUUCUGCUCUGGACAGUGUCCAACAUCACGCUUGCAUGACGUUAUGUCAGAUGUACAGUAUAUUUCUAUGUACUAUCUAUGUCGGUAAACUUGUACUGUUGUAUUUGUGCACCCUCAGGUCUCGUCCUGAGGUGCAAUGGGCCUAACAAGUGCAAUAUUUUUAAAGCCUGUUUCACUGUAAAUAGCCAUGUGUCUGGCCCAUGUCUAAAUUUUAGAAGUGGAUUCCCAGAGAGGGAUGUGUGAGUAUGGGUUUCAUUGUCCGGGUCGCAUCGUGGAAAGUCUCCUACUUUCGUGUCAGAUGAAGCCAUUUCCCAUGUCUCUCCAAAUGAACCCCAGUGCGUAUGAUUUGGGACAGUGAGUACGUGCAGCCUGACUGGAAAAUUACAACGCCAACACGGUCAUUUACGACGGGAAACCUCCCAGAUGACAGCUGAUAUUGAGGCCGAGUGGGGAAAUAGUGUACGUGUGAACGUGAGAGAACAUUCGGUGUGACCGCGCGUAGCGUCCCCUUGUGCAUUCGUCCGCCUCCUUGACUUCAGCAUGUGUAGGGAUUUGUAUUGGGAUUUCUGCUGCGAAGAUAUUGAAGUGAUGGGUGUUUAUCUUCAGGAAAACAUUUACCUAGAGUUUAGAGGUGAUGCACGGUUUUCCUGUGCUGCUGUAUGCAGUCUUUUGUACACUUCAGGGAGGAACAACAGGGAAACCGGGGAAUAACGGUCAGUUCUACCAUGUUAGCUAUUGCUAUUUAGUCCUGAAAGGCAUUUCCAUUCAUGAUUACACACGGAAGAGAACGGUUUACUUCUGUCCAACACAGAAUUGUAUGCUAUAUUACAGACAGAUUAUAUUGUUUCCACUUUGGUUAAUUGCUUUAGAGGCCUAGUAGCCUAUACGGUCUCGGUAAGUCGGCAUUGAAGUUAAUAAGAAGAUUUACAGCAGAUAAAAGGUUAGGACACAUCUCCAUCUUUUCUUUUUUUAAAUUGUUUGAUGAGCUUUCCAUGUAUAUGGCUGACAUACCUUUCUUUUAUGAUCCUUGUCUGCCUUUUUUCUGCCAUCACAUUUGUUGAAGCGAAACGGCAGCUGCCCUCCACACCUAGUCUCUGGGACACAUCCUCUGGCAAGCUUAACAUCGUUUGAAUUCAACCAAGUGAAUGAACCUCAGCCAGUGCCUCUCACAAAUUCACCCCCUGCAUCGCUAAAUCUCACGGUUAUUACAGUCAACACCUCCUACCACCGCCAUCUCCUUAUAUGUGAAGAGAGCCAUUGAUGGUGAAAAUCAUUGUCAAUGAUGUGUCAUGGUAACAAAUAAGUUAUUAUUUUUUUUGUGUUAUGCAAAGUUAUGAGACUCCUAGUUAGCUACAUUUCUGAGUCUUCGGAUGGGCCAAACAGAUAUGUCAUUUUACAGUAAAGGGCCUAUUAUGUUUUCUUCAUGAGCUGGAUAUUUUGUUUGUGUGCACGUGGGUGUCUGUGUGGGUGUGACGAUGUAUAAAGCUGUGGUUUUCGAGAUGACAAUAAAAAUACUCCAAUUGUAUUCAUGUAA